AUGACUGACAGCGGUAAGUGUGCAUUUGUGCUUGGAAUCGAGCUUUUGGACGGCGCAGAUGGAAGUGUGACACUAUGUCAGCGUCGGUAUGUAGAUGACGUACUCAAGCGCUUUGGCAUGGAUGAUUGCAAGGCCGUCGCAAGUCCAGUCGACAUGAGCUCUCGACUUGUUUCAAGUGAUGCAGCCACCAAGGUCAAUGCUCCUUUUCGCGAAGCUGUUGGUGCGUUGAUGCAUCUGACCACUGCAACGCGCACGAACGCUGCGUUCGCCGUGGACUAUGUGUCGCGAUUUAUAGAGAACCCCCAAGAAGAACACUGGGUUGCAGUUAAGCGCAUCUUCCGCUACCUACAAUGCACCAAGAUGCACGGAAGCUGCUACAGGCCAAAUGCGAAGAUCGACUUUCGUGGCUACUCGGAUGCAGACUGGGCCGGUGACCUCGCUAAUCGCAAGUCGACGUCUGGAUACGUGUUCAUGCUGUUGGGUGCGCCAGUGAGUUGGGGCAGCAAGAAACAGCCAAGUGUUUCGUUGUCCACGAGUGAAGCCGAAUGCAUCGCACUCAGCUUGGCGAUUCAAGAGGGCAAGUGGAUUCAUCGUCUGCUUUGUGAGAUCAUGAUGGCUGCCAAUGAAGAAGGAACGGAACUCAUGAUCCAUGCAGACAAUCAGUCGUGUAUCAAGAUGACGAAGAACCCGGUCAACCACGGCCGUGCCAAGCACAUUGACGUAAAGUAUCAUCACAUCGGUGAUGAGGUCAAGCGCGGUGAAGUGAAGCUCAAGUACUGUGAAAAUGCGGUGAUGUUAGCGGACAUCAUGACGAAGGGACUUCACGGGCCACGCCACAAGGAGAUGACGGCGGCUUUCGGGAUUUGUGCGUGUUCGCGUUGA